AUGUCAGCCUACAGACCCCCAGGCAGCACCAUGGAAUAUGCCUUAGACCUAUUUAAUGCUGUGAAGGAGAUUUGUCUUCACUACCCAAAGAGUAUCAUCAUCUUAGGUGGGGAUUUAAACACUCCAGACAUUUCUUGGUCUACAAACUCUAUUACUGGUCAUCAGUGUAUUACAUGUAAGUCUAUAAAUGAACACAUACUCAACCUAGAAAACGAACUUGGUCUUAACCAGAUCGUAGACUUCCCAACACGGAAAGAGAACACACUCGAUCUUUUCUUCUCAAAUAGACCGUCCUUCAUCGAUAGAUGUGAACCCCUUCCAGGAAUCAGUGAUCAUGAAGCUAUUUUUGUGUCUUUGAACAUCUCUAUAAGCCGCAUUAAACCCCCCAGACGGCGUAUACUCUUAUGGAAAAAAGCAGACAUAGAAGGUAUUAAAAACAGUGCUACCACCUAUUCAGGGGAAUUUUGUCAUGACUUUUCAACCUCAUCUGACAUUAACCAAAUGUGGUCCAGUUUCAGCACAUGGUGCUCGGAUACCAUGACUAAGCUUGUACCAUCUCGCAUGUCCUCCCAGCGGGUAACACAGCCGUGGGCAAACAGGGAUGUACGCAGGUUGUCUCGUGCUAAGCGAAAAUGGUUUAAGAAGGCACGCAUAUCCGGUUGCCAAUUUGAUCGGGACAACUACACAAGUCUAAAACAUGACCAACACCGUUUAUGCAGACAAGCUUAUAAUAAGCAUAUAAGUGAUAUGCUCUCUGACGAUACUGGUGGAAAGAAAAAAUUCUGGUCGUUCAUUAAAAGUCGCCGUACAGACAUGUGUGGAGUCUCCCCCCUUAAGAAGGACGGACUCACUCACAAUGACAGUGCCACAAAGGCUGAUGUUCUAAACAGACAGUUUGCAUCCGUCUUCUUUCAGGAAGCUCCAGGAGACCUGCCCCCACUUGGGCCAAGCACCAUCCCUGAUGUGCCAAAGAUCACCGUAUCAGUCAAUGGUGUUGAGAAGCUGUUGAAGUAUGUCAAUCCUAGUAAGGCUACUGGCCCUGACAACAUUCCAGGGAAACUCCUCCGCGAGGCUUCCACUGAACUUGCACCAGCCAUGACUCUACUCUUCCAGGCAUCAGUCGAUCAGGGACGAAUCCCAGAUGACUGGAAAAGCGCCAAGAUAGCUCCAGUCUUCAAGAAAGGAGACCGCAGCCAGCCUUCAAACUACCGUCCAAUCUCCCUCACUUCAAUUUGCUGCAAGAUUGCCGAACAUAUUAUACAUAGCUCUAUCAUUACACACCUGGAUGACCAUAAGGUAUUAUCAGAUUCACAGCAUGGUUUUUCGAAAACGACGUUCCACCGAAACACAACUCAUCCUGACCAUAAAUGA